AUGCGGUCUAUCUGGAGUGCUUCCUUCCUAUUCCUCCCCUCGGUCCUCGCGGGUGUCGUAGCGAGGGGAGAUUGGAGAUCCAAGGUGGACGUGCAACGCAAUGGCUUCUACCCCCUGGACGUUGUCGACAAGCUGGAGGAAACAACCAUGGACAAGGUCGACGAAUACAUGACCAAGAAGAUUGCCGCAGGCAAGAACAACGGCUGUACGCUGGAGACGGCGGGUGUACGGCGGGAGUGGGGCGACAUGACUGACGAGCAGCGAUCCGACUUCAUCAACGCCGUACUCUGCCUGAUGAAGGCGCCGUCUCAGGCACCCCAGGACAGGUUCCCGGGAGCUCGAAGCCGGUACGACGAUUUCAUGGCAUACCACAUGACGAAUGCCGGGUCUCUGCACGACACAAUUGGCUUGUUCCCAGCUCAUAAGUACUUCCUCCUUGCGUACGAGACCGCUCUUCGGAAGGAGUGCGGCUACAAAGGAUACCAUCCGUACAUGAACUACGAUCGCUACACCAAGGAGCCGACAAAGUCAGCCCUGUUCAAUGGAAACGCGACGAGCAUGGGCGGCAACGGCGCGCCGGAUCCGAAGUACGUCGGCCUUCGCACGGGUGCCGGCAUGAUCAAGUCCGCCGGCGGAGGUGGAUGCGUCACCGAAGGACCUUUCAAAGACUACAUGGCCACCGUCGGCCCCGGCGCCCCCAUGAUGCCCGAUGUGCCUAAGAAUCCCAUCGCAGGCGGCGGGGGCUACAACCCGCGGUGCAUGCGCCGCGACGUCAACGCCGAGGCGGCGCUCGGCGCCACGGCGGACCGCUCGUACAACCUCAUCAUGAAGUCGCAGACCAUCAACACCUUCUACAACACGCUGCUGACGCCGCCCCGCAACGCCAGCGACCCGUACAACUGGGGCGUCCACACCGCGGGCCACUACAUCGCCGGCGGCGACCCCGGCGGCGACCCCAUGGUCUCGCCCGGCGAUCCGAUCUUCUACUUCCACCACGCCAUGCUGGACCGGCUUUGGUGGAUCUGGCAGAUGCAGGACCCCGACACCCGCGUGACUGCCCAGGUGAGUCUCGGGGGCGGGGGCGGAGCGAACAGAAAACUUGAUCUCAAGUGGCUCAUCCCCGAUGUGAUUCCGGUCCUGGAGGCGCACGAUGGGCUGGGUGGGCAUGGAGGAGCAUUCUGCCAUGUGUACGUUUAG